CAGCGACUAGACAGGCGGGACAUGCACUGCGGGAAGGUCAAGUACGAGUACUCGCCCGCGACGGACAGCGUCGUCGUCCUUGAGAACCGUCGUCGAGGCUCUCGACACCAGCUUCCGCCAGCGCAAGCAGAGCAUGACGCCAUAAAGCGUCUCCUGAUACCUCGGCCUCCCAAACGCGGACUGUACAACCCGAUGGUACAACAUCCGGCUGCAAGGAAUCAAACAGCUUCGGGCGACUCGUGUAUCGAGACGCGACGACGGCCGCUGCACCGACGCCGGCCCCUCCACAACGUUGGGGCCUCCACGCCUCUCGACGAGCCGUCGCCCGACGUACCAAUCGAGAAUGCUGCCAAAGGGCUCGCGUGGAGCUGCCACCAGUGGCUUCAAACGCACGGCAAGGCAAGCAGCAUGAAGGAAGAACGCGAAAAGAUGGUGCUCAUGCGCCGAUGGUUUGAGUUUCUCGACUCGGACGGGUCAGGUGAGAUCGGCAUCGACGAGCUCGAGGACCCGCUCGUCUCGGUGGGGUUGGCCAAGUGCCGCAGUGUACACCCUCUUUUCCUUCCCAAUGGCGUGUCAUGAAAUGCAGGACGUGCGCAAGCUCAUCCAAACGGUCGACGAUUCGGAAGAUGGGGAAGUCAACUUUGCAGAGUUCCUCGCCAUGAUGCACGGCCAGAAGCAGACAAAGGAGCGCACGCAGUAUAGGCUGAGCGACCCCAAGCGCCAGCCCGAGGUCGCAUUACGGCCGCAAACGGAGCGCGGCCACCGCCCAACGCCGACCACAUGCGACAACUCUGUCCUUACGCUCUUCAACGACCUCCAAGCGGGGAAGCUGGGCGACUUGACCUUGCCGUUCCCGAUACUAAUCACUGCAUACCGGCGGCGAAUGCUCCUCAAUGCCCAUAUGGCCCCCGACGUUUUAGAGCGGAGCAAAGGGCAGUCGGUGCUCUCGGCGCUCGAAACAACACGCCGGGAUGCACUGGCGGCCGAGUCGGCCCGCGACACCAAGGUCCGGGAAACGCCAAUGCGGAGCCUCGUGGACCGCGCUGGCGUGCUGCAUCGCCAAGACGUCGAGGCCCGGCGGUCGUCGCUCCGUCGUGCGUCCACGGACCUCGACGACGAGAUUGUACAAGAAAUUGCGAAACCCAAGCCCAAGCUGGGGCUAUUUCUGCCCGACCUCUUCAAUUAAUCCAUGAGUAAACUAGAGCCACUCGGUUGGCGCGCGCUGGAGCUUUGGCGAGCUCAGACUGGCGCGAAGCGUAUCGAGCGGCCGUGUGUGC